AUGAACCAGCAGGGCGCCCAGCCUGCUCAGGCCGGUGCGAGCCAGCCGGCAGGGAAUGCCAGUGCUGGCCCCAUGUUCAGGCCCGAGGCGAUGCGCACCAUCUCGAUCCUGAGCGCCGAGGAUCGGGACAAGUACGAACAGGGUCUUCGACAGCUCUGGAACGUGUAUGAGAAGGAGCCAGAGGGCUCGCCGGCCAAGCUGCAGGCACACAAGAAGAUCCAGAACUUCGGCAUAGUGCUCACUAAUAAGAUUCGCGAUACCAUGAGGAGGAAUCAGCAGGGUCAGCAACCAACGCAGCCAGGUCAGCAGCCAGGUCAACAACCGCAGCAACAGCCGACGCAACAGCCUCAGCAACAACAGCAGCAGGCACAACCACAGCAGCAACAGCAACAGGCACAGCCUCAGCAGCAGCAGCAGCAGCAACAGCCUGCACAGCCGCAGCAGACUUCGCCGAACAUGACAAGGGCGCAACCUCCGCAGCAACCGGCAACUGGUGCUCAGGGCGGCGCCCCCGGGGCUACUGGCGCCUCGGCGGCAACCAACCCAGGUGGCGCUCCAGCACAAGCUCCAGCAGGCGUGAACCAGGUUCGCAUUCCCGAGCAUAUCAUGGCGCAUGUCAACAAGAUACAGUGGAAUAUACCGAGCAACGUCAGUGAGCAGGAUGCACCGAAAUGGAGGGAUGGCUCUAAGAGGCGAUACGCCAAUGCCUUGAUGCAGAUGGAGGCGGCUGCUACAACGCUGAAGAAAAUAGAGCAGCUCUACAAGGAGAGAAAAGAGAAGAACCAGCCCAUCACACCAGAGGAGCAGAAGCUUUUCCAGGAGCGCAGGGAGAAGGCUCAGACCACCUACAGAGAAACCAGCCGGUAUAUUGAAGUGACACGGAAACAACUGGCUGACAUGAGUGCACAAAGGACAGCCGGUGCACAGCCGGGUAAUGCGCAGGCAGGCGCAAGCGCCGCUUCUCCAGCGGGUGGACAAGCAGCCGCCACCCCUGGACCUCAGACAGCAGCUCCUGCUGCCGCAACUAGACCACAACAGGCGCAAACCCAGGCGCAACCUGCCCAGCAACAGCCAACACAGCCUACCGCGCAGCCUGGCGGUCUUGCCAUGCAAAAUGUUCAGGCUAAUAUCAACGGUGCAUUCGAGGCCGCGAAGAACCAGCAGAUGACUGGGAUGGGCCGGGGGCAGGCACCGGGAGCUUUGGGACAAGCAGCGCAACCUGGACCUCAAGCUCAGGGCGGUGCAAACGUUGCACCAGUUGCCGGCUCGCCUAUGGUACAACAGCCUCCAGGCCCAGUUGGAGCGCAGCAGCCGACGAUCAAGCCGGAACCGGGAACCCAACAGCACCAGGCACAGAUUCAACAACAACAAUUUCAGCAGCAGCAACAACAACAAUUUCAACAGCAGCAGCAGCAGCAGCUUCAACAUCAGCAGCAUCAGGGUCAAAUGAACACGCCGAUUACAUCGGCUCAUAAUGCUGGUCGCGUACAAACACCGCAAUCUGGCACUCCCACUACUACUGCUCCGCCGCCGCAAGCGUUUUCGCACGCGGCAGCUGUCAGCGCCAUUACCCAGCGCCAGAAUUCAGGCCCGAUUCAAACCAUCUCCCAGCAACAGCAAGCUCAGCAGCAACCGCAGAGGCCCAACGCCAACGGGACAGUUGCAAACAACGCCGGCACCCCAACUCCUAUGAGCGCUGGCGGAGUAAUGGCAUCCGCCCCGCCCCCAAAUCAGAUUCAACAACAGCACCAGCCAGUCCACCCGCAACAGCAACCAAACGGCACCGUCAUCCCGACUGGUCAUCCUCACGCGCACCCAGGACAACCACAAAUGCAGCAGCGUGAGAGCCACACAAUGGUUCCCCGCAAUCCUAUCGCCAAGAGCUUGCCAGAGAAGGCACAGCAGACACCUCAGCCAGUCGCCAUGACGGGCGGGCUUGGUCCGGGCCGACCGACUAUGACAGGCGGCCUCUCCACUCCCGGUGGCGUCAUGAACCAACCUGUUAUUGCUAGACAUCCACCUGGAACUAUUGUGACGGAAAAUGAUGGCGAUCGCGUCCUCAGUAAGAAGAAGCUCGAUGAGCUCGUGCGGCAGGUGUGUGGUGGUACUGCCGAGAGCUUAGAUGGAAACCUGCUCACUCCCGAGGUCGAGGAGUCUGUUCUCACUUUGGCGGACUCAUUUGUCGACAACGUCCUGCACUCGGCCUGCCGCAAUGCUAAAGAGCGCGGAUCCAAGGUUCUCGAGAUUCGCGAUAUUCAACUGGUGCUGGAGCGCACAUACAACAUUCGCAUCCCGGGAUACUCGGCCGACGAGCUCAGAACUGUGCGCAAGGUACAGCCGUCUGCGGCCUGGAUCUCGAAGAUGAGCGCCGUUCAGGCUGCAAAGGUGAUGCCUGGCAAGGACGGCUUGUGAAGAAACGAGAUUUGUCUCGUUUUUCGCCGCAUUCAUGUUUUACAAACAUUGGUCAUUUCUCUCUUUUCCUUUUUCUUCUUCUUUUUUUCUUUACAAAUCCUUAGGAGUAAUAGUACAUGCCUACAAGAAAAUAUGGCAUUUGGGACUGGGCCGGGCACAUAAGAUUAGGAGUUGGCUGGCUUUAAUAUAUUUCGGGUUGAACGGGGCUUGUUUGUGUCCAGCAAGUCUACCUAUAUAUCGGCACCAAAACCCUUGACACAACGCAUUAUUACAGCGUUGUUUUUACCUAUUUUCCGGUCGUUGAUUAGCAGCAAGUUAU